UCUACCUGAUCCAGAUGGAAUCCUGAUGGAAGUGAACUAACCCUCUCAUAUCUAUUGAUGAUGUUUUUCUAUUUUUCCAGGACACGCCAUGGAGAAACCCUCAAAGGAUCGUCUCACUUUAUCUCCAGGUUGUAGAAUGGAAGAUGAGGACAUCACAGGAGAUUGUGGAGGAGAAAAGAUAAUGAGCUCCACUAUGGAUGGAGGACUUCACAGUGUGGAUAGACCAUGGAAUCCCUCUGACUCUGAGCAACCUCGUACUGUGAGGGGUGGGGCCGGGAUUCAGGGGGAGGAGCCAUUCUCCUGUCCUGAAUGUGGGGAGAGUUUUUGCUCAGAAUUUAGUCUUGCUGUACAUCAGGAGUACGGGAAAUGUUUUACUGAACAGCAGAGAUUGAACACGGGUGAGAAGAUAUACGCCUGCCCUCGGUGUGGGAAGUCUUUUCCACGAAGAUAUGACUUUGUUUUACAUCAAAGAUCCCACACGGGGGAAAAGCCGUAUUCCUGUCCUGAGUGUGGAAAACGUUUUUCGAUAAAAUCAAACCUUGCAAAACAUCAAAGAACCCACACGGGUGAGAAGCCAUUUCCCUGCCCUGAGUGCGGGAAAUGUUUUUCACAGAAGGCCCAUCUUAUUUCACAUCAGAAGUCUCACACGGGUGAAAAGCCGUAUUCCUGUCCUGAGUGUGGAAAAUGUUUUACAGAAAAAUCAGACCUUGUAAAACAUCAAAGUACUCACAUGGGUGAGAAGGCGUAUUCCUGCCCUGAGUGCGGGAAAUGUUUUUCACAGAAAUCAUACCUUGGUAAACAUCGAAGAUCUCACACAGGGGAUAAGCCGUAUUCCUGUACGGAGUGUGGAAAAUGUUUUUUACAGAAAUCACAGCUUGUUAAACACCAAAUAUCUCACACGGGUGAGAAGGCGUAUUCCUGCCCUGAGUGCGGGAAAUGUUUUUCACAGAAGCACCAUCUUAGGACACAUCAGAGGACUCACACAGGGGAAAAGCCGUAUUGCUGUCCUGAGUGUGGAAAGUGUUUUAGAUUAAAAUCGGGAUUUGUAAAACAUAAAAGAACUCACACAGGUGAGAAGGCGUAUGCCUGCCCCGAGUGCGGGAAACGUUUUUUACAGAAACACCAUCUCAAUACGCAUCAGAGGACUCACACGGGUGAAAAGCCCUAUUCCUGUCCUGAGUGCGGAAAAUGUUUUUCGCAAAAAGCCGGCCUUUUACAACAUCAAACAACUCACACGGGUGAGAAGGCAUAUUCCUGCCCUGAGUGCGGGAAAUGUUUUUCACAGAAUUCCCAUCUUACAAUACAUCGGAGGAUUCACACGGGUGAAAAGCCGUAUCCUUGUCCCGAGUGCGGAAAAUGUUUUUUACAGAAAUCAGACCUUAAUAAACAUCAUAGAAAAGUUUUUCACUCAAGUACGAUUUUAACAAACACUAAGUCUCACACAGGUGAGUAGAUGAAUAGCUUUUUCGUGUGAAAAAUGCCCUUCGUGAAAGUCCAAUUUUACUGAACAUCGGAUAUCCUACAUGUGGGAAAAGCAGUUUUUCUGCCCUGAGUGCGGGAAAUGUUUAUUCACAAAAAUCAGAACUUGUCAAACAUACUGCUGGUUGGGUCCCUCUAGCAGUGUAGUCUGAUCUCCCCUGAACUCCAGCAGAAGCUUCAUAAGAAGACAUCGUGGUGAGAGAGAC